AUGUUGAUCACCAUGACGACAAAGCAUUUUCACCUUUUCACGCUUGUUGGACUCUUGACUUUUCACAAUAUCCUGGGUGCGCCAAUCGAGAGAAUGUUGCAAGGAAACGAAACGAAUUUUCCGCAACGACGAAAUGCUACAGCAGCAAGUACCAGUACCACCUUGCCCCACAUAGAUCCUACAACUGCUCCAACCGAGUCACCAGCACCUUCCCCUGCCCCCUCUGCAAUUCCCACUGAUAUACCAACAGCAAAACCAUCAUCUACUCCCACAAAAACUCCGACUGUCCCAUCUGAUUCACCAACCGAGUCACCGGCACCGUCACCAUCGCCUUCUAAGAUGCCAACUAUGCUUCCGACACGAACUCCAACAGCAUCGCCAUCUGCUUCUCCAAGUGCUAGCAAGAAUCCUUCCACUGCACCCAGUACAAAGCCUACAUUCCAACCGACCGCGGCGCCGACUCGCUCGCAACAACCUUCAAGUAACAUGCAGCCGUAUUCAGCUUCUGGGGUGGAAAUCGUCUUGGAAAAUGUUGUUGAGAUGCCAAGUAUGAAUGAGAAAGACAUUUCUCUUUUUGAAUCUACUACAAAACAAAUACUACAAAAUGAUUUCUCGUCUCCUGGCAUCAACGAGAUCUUGUUUCUGAAAGUAGAGCUCAAGGAACAGAAAAUGAUGCCGACAAGAAGAAAAUUGAGAAAACUCCAACAUCACCAAAAUGCCGACUUGGCAAUCUCGUUCGAUGUCACAGCACUGGUAAACCAUGAAUGGAACAUUCCAUUUGAUCUCAAUGAAGGAAUGGUGAAGUACUUUGGUACUGACGAAAAGCUGGAGAAGUUGAGAUCCCAGCUAGAGGCUGAGGGAGCAAGUUUCCUUGACAAGCUGGGAUCCACAAGUGAUGGCACUGGAUCGAUCUCGACUGCUGCAAUAAUUGGUGCACUUGCUGGCUUGCUAGCCAUUAUCAUUGGAAUUGCGGUAGCCUAUCGCCAACGCAGUGCUAAGUUCCAAUCGAAACUCAGCUUGGCUUCGACCGGAAGUGAUGAAGACGAGGACGAAAGCUCCGAUACACAAAUGAUUUUCGCUGGUCAAAAUACUUAUGGAGGCAACAUUCUUUCUUGGCCUACCCCAACUGGCGAGAAUGAAGGAGUUGAAGCCGACUAUUUCGGUUCCUCUCGGCCAGCAUUCUUGACAAUGGACAGCAAUAUCGAGGUUCCUGACACACCGGUUGGACAUACGCCACAGAAGUCAAAGCCUGGGGUAUCUGCCUUGGACACACCAAAUUCGAUUUUUGGUCCUCAGAAUAACUCUACUCGAAGCGUUGGAGCUCGUCAAUUUCUCAUGGAUACGCCGCCCUCAGCAAUGAACGGCAACAACACAUCCAGUCGUGGAUUCUGGCCACCAAGAUCUGGAGGCCAGAGGAACGUGACUCCAAAGAAACAAACUAUCGACAUGUCGCCGGCAAGACUCGACACGUCAAAGGCAGAGGGCCAUAAGGUUGAAUCUUCGCCAAUCAAGUUCCCAUCUGAUUCCAACAGCAAGAUCGACCAAAAACAUAAGCUUACGCCCCCUACACGAGACACACAAAGGAGUACAUCGAAACUUCGUCAGCGAAGGUGGCCUAGUGGGUAUUUUUCUGAUGAGAGCAGUCCAUAG